CUCUUUGCCAUAGCGAGUUGUUCUCCCCUGAGUGUCUGGAAUCUUUCUUGGAAGGAGCGCUGGUGCAGCAGGCUUUUGGGUAAGCGCUUUUUACCUUGGUUACUUGGUGUUCUCUCCUCUUACCUUGUGUACCUGUAUCUUUUUAGAGGCGCCAGAUCGAAUCAGGACUGACCACAAGUCUGUAUAAAUAAAGAUGCCGUCUGGAAACGGGUUAGGCCCAAAGGUCAGGGACAAUGCUGAUGGAACUAUUUGUGUAGAAUACGAGCCCAAAAAAGAAGGUCGCCAUGAGGUGCUCAUGUCUUACGACGGCUCUGGAGUCGACGGGUCUCCCUUCGCCUGUGUGGUGGACAAGAUUGAAAAUAGCUUCAUCACAGCUUUUGGGGCUGGCCUUGUGGGAGGUCUGAGUGGAGACAGUGUCGGUUUCACUGUGGUGGCCAAGAGAGGGACAGCAAAGGACAUUGAAGUUAAAAUCGAUGGGCCUGCAAAAGUUGACCUCCAGAGAAAAGACAAUGACGACGGUUCUGCUAAUUUUAACUACAUGCCCAUGACCCCUGGGGCCUACAACAUUAACAUUAAGUACCAUGGCAAGCCCAUCAAAGGUUCUCCUUUCGUGGCAAAAGUCUCCGGUGAAGGACGUAAAAGGUCAACCCUUUCACUGGCCAACAGCGCUGAGUAUUCUCUCAAGAUCAUCGAACCGGACAUUGUCGAUCUCGUAGGUACAGUCCAGACUCCUGGUGGUCAGAUUGAGCCAAUUAUCUUAAAGAAGAUGGACAAUGGCGAACUAGGAAUUGCUUACUUCACACCGCGUCAAAAGGGCGAGUACGUUGUUUGUGUGCUCAGGUCAGAGAAAAACAUCAACAACAGCCCAUUUAGGAUUAAGGUCGGCGACAAGGAGAUUGGACACGCCGCUGGGUGCACCGUCAAGGGUGACAUCUCUGAGGCCUUGGCCAAUAAGAGUAACGAAGUCAUUAUUGACACCACCAAUGGAGGUUACGGUGGCCUGACAGUGUCCAUUGAGGGCCCACAUCGUUCUGAGGUGGAGGUGUACAAGGUUGAAGACAGGGUGUACACUGUCCACUACUCCCCACACGAGCCAGGCAUUUACAUUCUCAACAUUAGGUUCGCAGACGAAGACGUGCCAGGGAGCCCAUUCCUGGUCAAUGUUGGUGGCAAUCCUUCAGGUCGUGUCCGUGAAACAAUCACAAAAGACGUUGAACCAGCUGCAGCCAUCAGUGCUGGAUCACCGUCUGAGUUUGUACUUCAAAUUCCAGGUACCAACCCAUUCGACAUGGAGGCCAGCAUGACCGAUCCCGAAGGUAUCUCGGAACUGUGCGAGGUGAUGGACCAGGAGGACUUCCACUACCUGAUCAAGAUGACCCCUAAGACAAACGGACUUCACACCGUCAGUAUCAAACACAAAGGCAUGCAUGUUUCAGGAAGCCCCUUCCAGUUUUCUGUGGGUCAGUUAUCUCAUGGUGGGCCACACAAGGUUCAAGUUGGUGGCCCCGGACUGGAGAAAGGAGAAGUAGGACUUCAAAAUGUUUUCAAUAUAUACACUCGUGAGGCGGGACCUGGGACCCUCAGUGUCGCAGUAGAAGGCACAGCCAAGGCUACCAUCCAGCUUGAACAGAGGCCCAAUGGAUUUUUGGGGGCCCAGUACAAAACUAGCAAACCCGGUAUGUAUGGUGUCCAUGUCAAGUACAAUGACGUCCAUAUUCCGGGAUCACCAUUUAUGGUCAAUGUGGCACCAGACAGUGGAGUAGCCAGACAGAUCAGCAUCCAUGCACUUAAAGACAAGGGUUUAUUGAUUGACAAGCCAGUGACCUUUAGUGUUGCUUUCAAUGGGGCUCAAGGUCAUCUGCACGCCACUGUUCGUACUCCUUCUGGAGGUCACAUGGACUGUCUGUGCCAGGAAAUGGACACUGGAGUCUACGCUGUCCGUUUUAUCCCCAAAGAGAACGGCGUUCACUAUGUGGACGUGAAAUUGAAUGAUGCACACAUCCCUGACUCCCCCAUCCCUAUAAUGGUAGGUUCCACGGCCUCUGACCCUGCUAUGGUCACAGCUAGCGGAGAUGGCUUAGAACACGGAAAAUGUGGCGCCAAGAACAAAUUCAUCGUGAGGACAGCAGGCGCUGGUUCAGGUCUGCUGGCUGUCUUCAUUGAUGGUCCCUCCAAGUCUGCGCUCAGCUGCAAAGAGUUGGACGAAGGCUAUGAGUUUAGCUACACACCUUUUUGUCCUGGCAACUACCUGAUCACUGUCAAGUACGGGAACAUCCCCAUCGCAGGGUCACCUUAUCAGGCCGUGGUCACAGAUGAUCCAAACAGUCCAGUUGAUCAGGGGAAGAAAAUUGGUGUUGGGCGUAAACCUUCCCCCGUGGUGGAACAGUCAUCCAUGGCCGUGGAGACAGUGGAGAAGAAGGCUGGCGCUGGUGGCGUCAGGCGAAAACUAACCGGUGAUGCCAGCAAGGUCAUUGCCAAAGGUCCAGGUCUGAAGAAGGCUUUCACAAACAGAGUACAGACUUUCAACGUGGAAAUCAAAGAUGCAGGCAAUGCUGUGCUGUCUAUUGGUAUGAUCUCCCCAAGCGGUUUUCCAGAAGCCGAGCUGUCCCUUAAAAAAGUCAGCCAGACAACUUACACCGUGAACUACAAGGUCCAAGAAAUAGGUGAACACAUACUUCACAUUAAGUGGGGCGAUGAUGAGAUUCCAGGCAGCCCCUUUGUCCUGACCACGUGAACACCAAGCUACUGGAGGGCUUCUCAUUGUAUUGAUAAAGAAAUGGUCUACUUGGUAUGUUAUGAUCACUCAAACAUUUUAUUGUUCGAUCUUCAUUUAUUUAAAUCUUUUUCUUAAUGCUUAAACUUUGUCUUGAAAAGAAAUCAGUUUUUAUAAAGUAUUGUAAUAAUUUAUAAUAUAAUGGAAUCAUAAAAAUAGAAACAUAUUUUUCUGUACCGGUACCGAUAUUUAAAAAAAAAUCUUUUGAAGAAAUCUUGCAACUGAUGACUUGAAACAGCAAUAUGCCUGAAAAUGUAAAAUCGCUAGCCCCAUAUUAUCACAUUCAAAUCCCUUGGAGAAAGAAUUGUAAACUAUUUAUAUUGCAAUUGGAAUUAUGGGCCAAUCAAGUCUCCUGUUUAUUAUUGUUAUUAUCUUAUUUUAUAGUUAUGCAGUUUGUCCCCCCUCAUAACCAGAAACCAGUAGUUUUAAAUUUAUAUAUAAAGAUUUAUAUUUACUAUAAAUUUCUAAUUUAAUUUGGUCAAUUUUUUUUUUUUUACAAAAUGAGUUUCAUUUUUUUAUUACAUAUUUGAUUUUAUGCUUUUAUUUUUUUUUUUCAUAAAAUUAUGCAAAGCACACACUUGUACCAUGACUAGCAGUCCAUAUGUAAAUAUCUUGUUCAAAUACAUAUAAGAGUCUCUACAUUGUUUACAUAAUAACAUAUUUUUUUUAAAGACAAUUAAUUUUACAAAAUUUUUCUGGACUCUUCUAGAGCAAUUAUUGCAUUGUAAUAUUCUUUUAAAAGGAAGGGAAAUGAUCACUAGAUUUUGCUGAAAUUUUUUGAGCUAAUGAGUUACUAUCAACACUUCAACGAAUAGCCUUCAAGCUUUAUGCUGCUAGUCAUGACCUAUACAUUAUGUAAAAUGUUGUUUGUUUGCAUGGAGAUGUGUUUAUUCACAUUAUUGUAAAUGGCUGAAAGCAUUUACAGACCUUUUUUUCUUCAGAGCACUGUGGAAUGUUGUUUCUUUUUAUAAUGUCUGUAUUAUUAAAUUGUACCAGACCUAGACAUAAUUUUAUUAAAUGUAGAACCAACCCUGCCCUUCACCAUACAUGCAACACCCCUUUCACCUAGUAGACAUACACAAUAUCUGCCUUUGAAAUAUUCAUUUUUAUUUUCAAGAAAUUAUGUAAUAUCAGUAAUUGUCUCCCUUGGAAAUGUUUAGACAUCAUAACCUCCCUUCCCUAUUUAUUUAGGCUCCUUGUGGAACAAAUGUAAGCAACAAGCCUGUGUACUAAGCUGUGUGUUUUUAAAUAUAUGUCCUGUUCCGGUGUGCUAAUGGUGUGUGCUGUCCACUUUAUCUUCUCAUCGCCUUGGCUGUGACAGAAUGGGCUUAAUGUGUGGAUCAUUAAAAACUAGGAUUCACUAUUAAAUACAUUUUAAUUUCAUUAAAUUUCACAAAAUAUUGUUUGCUGUUUUUUACUUUUCUUAUGUUUAUAUGUUAUCAUCUAGGUUUUUAUUUAUUAAAAAUAUUGCUUUUGUUGUGAUGGGAUGCCAACUCUUAUUUUUGUUGUUGUAAUCUUUUUAUUUAUUAUAAUUUUUUUGUAAGUAUAUCAAUAUAUUAGUAAUAUGCACCAGAUGAUAGUUGCAAGCAUUAUAUGGGAUAAAUGUGGUGCACUGCGCCUCAAUAUACGUAGUAAGUAACAAUGUUUUGUUCACGCUUGAAUACAGCUUUGGCUUGAACAAAGAUAAAGAGAUUCUAAAGUAGUCUUGUAUAAAAUAUUAACACUUCAGUGGCUUUUUAGUGAACUUAUGUAGAUGGAACAAAAAUGAAGUGAGUAGUUAGUUUAUUCAAUUAUUUUACCAUUUAAACAUUGUUUAUCAUCUUACUAGUGGUAUUAGCAUUGAUAUAGUCUAGCCUAAAGGCUUGUAUUUAUUUAGCUUGAGUUUAAGACUUAUGGGUAUUUAUUAACCCUACAUUCUGUGUUGAUAUAUAAAUCUAGCUUUAUAUAAUCGUUCUGUUUCGUUAAUGUCAUAUUUCUUUUCUUUUUUUUUUCAAAGCACUUCUGUUUAUGAAGCUAGUUAUAUCUGUAAAGGUCAAAGGUCAUGUCAUACUCAUCAUCUUUGGGUAAUUGUUGGUGUACAUGGGUAUUGGUUUGUUCACAGAAAUGUAUAAAUAGUUUAUUUAUUUUGUAUCUUUGUCAGCAGAUUUGACUAAUUGUGCAUUUCUUAACUCUCUGAGUGUCAAUAAACAUAUAGUUUGUUCCCUUGA